AUGGGGCUUGUGCUUUUUGUCACACAUCGGAAGCUUGCCCCUAGCAGCACGACGCUUCAACAAGUAACAUAUGGUUUCCAAGUUGGGGCAAUUCACCAAGAGAAAGCCUAUAGGCGCCCCCGGGGAAGAAUCCCCAUUCUAAAGCUGCCUAGAAGGAAGGGUUUAGCUCUACCACUUCGAGUCUUCCUUCGCCACCUCCUUAUGCUCCUCCGACCAACUAGCCCGUGGACUCCGAACAGGAGGUAUGCUACUAUUAGUGUCAUCCAGGUUGGGUUAUCAUCCAAUAUAUCUACUUCCUCUAGUAUAGAGAUACUUGGAUCUGGCAGCGAUACCAUCUCCUUUCUUUUGAAGAACAAGUUAAGGGAUUUGAUGGAAAACGGUGAACCCAGAAGAUCAACCCGCUUGAAUGAAAGAGCUACCGUAAGAGACCGAGCUAGAGGUCGAGGGCGAGGAUGUGCUCGCGGUCGAGGCAGGGGAAACCAGCAUGUCCCUGCCGAGGCGGUGAUCCAGGAGAAUCAAAAUGCCCCUGUAAAUGGACAGCAACCAGGUCAAGGUGGGGGUAACCACGAAGUCCCCGCCGGGGUAGUUGGUCAAGAACACCAAAAUGCCCCCGUAGUGGUGCCACCACAACAAGAAGAUCUGGCGCAAGAAGUUGCUCGUCUCAAGGAAGAAAUUAGGAAGCGAGAUGAAGAGGCUCUCAACCGUCGGGAACAACCCAAUCAAGGACAACAUCAAUUUUUGCGGUGCAAUACAUGCUCGUGGGAGGGUCGAUGGGAACCAAUAUAUGAAAGACAAUACGGCAAGGUGGGAGGCCGAAAGGCCGGUAAUGGAGGUGGUGAUAACAAAAGAAAACUGCCAACUAACCAACACAACGAAGCCGACAAGAGAAACAAGAUAGGGUCCAAUAACUACAAAGGGAAGAAGCCAUAUGUGGAGUACCCGCUAUGCCCAACAUGUGGUCGUAAGCAUCCGGGAGAAUGUCGGCCGAAAGGCAAGACUUGUUACAAGUGUGGGCAACCGAGCCACUAUAAGAAGGACUCGUCCACAAAAGGUGAUCAACUCAAGGAUGACAAACUUGUCCCAGCUCGAGUAUUUGCACUAACCAGAGGGGAGGCUGAGACUAGUAACACUAUAGUUGCAGGUCAGAUUUCUAUCUCUGAAAAACUAUGUACUGUUUUAUUUGAUUCUGGAGCUACGCACUCAUUUAUUGCUUUAAAGAUGAUAGAUAAGUUAGAACUACCGUAUGUAAACUUUAGUUAUAAGUUCAUGACGGAGUUGCCCUCGGGCGAGGUUAUGAUAUCAUCUAGAGGAGUGCGGGAUGCGCCAAUAAGGAUUGCAGACAAGGAACUUAGUGGAGAUCUGAUAGAGCUGGAGAUGAGGGAUUACGAUCUUAUCUUGGGUAUGGAUUGGCUAUCACGACAUGGAGCAACAAUAGACUGCCGAAAGAGGACAGUGACUUUCACCCCUGAAUCUGGAGAGGCAUUCAUAUUUGAAGGAAUCAAAGUCAAGUCAAGCUUACCGCUAGUUACAGCCCUAAAGGCACAAAAGAUGAUACGUGCGGGAUGUCAAGCAUACUUGGCCAGCAUAGUAGACAAGUCCAGAGAAACCACCCUCAAGCCAGAGAAUGUCCACAUAGUAUGUGAAUUCCAAGAAGUUUUUCCGGAAGACCUACCAGGGCUACCCCCAGAUAGAGAGAUAGAAUUUGUGAUUGAGUUAGCGCCAGGCACAGCACCAAUCUCGAGGGCUCCAUACCGCAUGGCUCCCAAUGAAUUGAAGGAAUUGAAGGCUCAACUACAAGAUCUUUUAGACAAGGGAUUCAUUAGACCAAGUUACUCACCUUGGGGUGCGCCAGUGUUGUUCGUCAAGAAGAAGGACGGUAGUAUGCGGAUGUGUAUAGACUAUCGAGAGCUGAACAAAGUGACUAUAAAGAACAAGUAUCCCUUGCCUCGCAUCGAUGAUUUGUUUGAUCAGUUACAAGGGGCGAUCGUCUUUUCAAAGAUCGACUUGAGAUCUGGGUACCACCAAUUGAAAGUCCGAGAGGAAGAUAUAGCAAAGACGGCAUUUCGAACAUGGUAUGGGCAUUAUGAAUUUCUAGUGAUGUCAUUUGGGUUAACCAAUGCCCCAGCAGCCUUCAUGGAUUUAAUGAAUAGAGUAUUCAAGGAAUAUCUUGACAAGUUUGUGGUGGUAUUCAUUGAUGACAUACUCAUUUAUUCAAGGACAAUGGAAGAGCAUGAGGAGCACUUAAGGCUAACUCUAAGUAGACUCAAAGAGCACCAAUUGUACGCCAAAUUCAAAAAGUGUGAGUUCUGGUUGGAGAAAGUGGCGUUUCUAGGCCAUAUAGUGUCCAAAGAUGGGGUAGAGGUGGACCACUGCGAAAAUUGA